ACUUUGGAUUCGCUACGCCCAACAUGAUGACAUCUUUGGAAAGGUCCACGUCAACGCCCUUCAAGGCACUGCAUGCAAUGUGUACAACCAGGGCUGCUCCGGGGGUUAUGUUUUUUUGGCUUUGA